AUGGCCCCAAGCGACGACGUCACGCCUACCGCAGGUCGAUUACUAAGACCGCUGGGGCUUCCACAAUCGCAUCGAAGUCUUGGUCUCCAGCGGGGCCCUGUUUCCACUUCCGGCCGUUGCUCCCACGGCGCCGCCUCUGCUGCCGUUCACGCCCUACAUUGCUCGACAGAAGCCCCUGAGGCGAUCGCGCCAAUCUCGCUGGAGCUCGAAGCUUGGCCCUCAGAGCCGUUUACACCGUCUACGACUACAACCGGCGCCGACUCGUCCGAGUACGAUUCGACUGCCCCGACCACGAUCCCGUCCUUGAGACGUCGGUAUUCGCUCUCGCCGUUAGGCAUAUUACGAGGUCACUCUCGGGCCAAUUCUCUCGACUCGACAACCACCGAUUCUUCUGUCGCUAGUUCAUCGUCUUCGGUACGAAGCCGGUGGAAUAUUCUGGCGCCAGUACUCGACGAAUUGUCGGCUUCAAGACACCGCCCCAACUACGCUGGCGACAAGAAGAGCACCGGCUGCGCGGCCAUCAUCUUCACAGGCGCCACAUACGGUGCUGGGCUUAAGACGCAGCAAGAGUGGAAGGAUGAACGGCAAAAAUUCCACGGGUCCCCGUAUGACGAGCAGAUCGGCCUACUCGAGGGCCAACGACGGCGUCUCGUCUCAGAGCGACGCAAUUGGGAAAGAAAAUUAACGGCUUUGGACGAAAGGAUACGCGAAAGAGAACCAAGAAAGCCAGAGAGCUGA